CAUAACACCUAAAAUUAGUGUCAUAUAAUCUUCACUCGCAGAGAAUAGAGAAGUGUAGGUUUAAAGUAAGAGAGAACCGAAAGUGCACCAAAUUGAAAAUACUCGAUUUAAUAUCGUAAUUAUAUGUUCUGAAUUUUUAACUUUCAAAGUUAUAUGAUCCUAAAGGAAAUUGAAGAAAAUAUGUUGAAAAAUUCAAGUGAAGUUCCAGGCGAUCACAUGAAAGGAGAAGGGAAAAACCACAAGAAUGACCAAAAUCAUACAGGUGACUCAGGUCUGCUUAUUCACCCGCUCGGUCGUGAUACUUCAAUACAAUGUCUGGUUCGUUUGUCCAGGUUUGAUUAUUUCUCAAUUGCUGCAUUGAAUCGAAGUUUUCGAUCACUCAUCCGAUCUGGAGAAUUGUAUCAAAUCAGGCAAAAAAUGGGCAUAAUAGAACAAUGGAUUUACUUUUCUUGUGAUGUCUUUAAAUGGGAAGCCUUUGACCCUAAUCAUGGUCGGUUGAUGCAUUUGCCAAAAAUGAAUUCCAAUGAAUGCUUUAUGCUUUCCGACAAGGAGUCAUUGGGCGUUGGUACAGAGCUUCUUGUGUUUGGAAGGGAAAUAAUGGGUCCUGCCAUUUAUAAAUAUAGCAUUCUGACAAAUUCAUGGUUGCAGGGCAUGAAAAUGAAUACUCCUAGAUGUUUAUUUGGUUCUGCCAGCCUCAAAGAAAUUGCAAUAUUAGCUGGUGGUUGUGAUCAAUAUGGCAACAUUUUGAGCUCUGUUGAGCUUUAUAACUCAAAUACUGGAACAUGGGAGAUUCUUCCAGACCUUAAUACAGCUAGGAAAAUGUGCUCUGGUGUAUUUAUGGAUGACAAAUUUUAUGUCCUUGGUGGGGUUGGAGUUGGCAAAACAACACAACUAACAUGUGGUGAGGAGUUUGAUUUGAAGACAAGAAAAUGGCGAAAAAUACCCAACAUGUGCCCUCCGAGAAAUGGAGGAGAUGGUGUGACUGAGACACCAGCAAGUGGUGAGGCACCUCCUCUGGUUGCAGUUGUAAACAAUGUAUUGUAUGCUGCUGAUUAUGCAAGUCAAGAAAUAAAAAGAUAUGUUAAAGAGAUAAACUCAUGGGUGACUAUUGGAAGACUUCCUGAGCGAGUAACCUCGGUAAAGGGAUGGGGAGUAGCGUUUCGAGCAUGCGGAGAUAAGCUAGUAGUCAUAGGCGGUCCUAGUCUUCAUGGUGAAACAGUGACAGAAGUUAAUGCUUGGGUCGUAGAUGAAGGCGCACCACAAUGGAACUCUCUUGUUAUAAUUCAAUCAGGUUGCUUUGUGUAUAAUUGUGCUGUGGUGGGAUGUUGAGGUGUUUCUUUUUUAUUUCUAGAUAAAAUUAAUAAUCUUCUAUUUUCAAAUACAUGGAUUUUGGCGUAUGUGGUAAUAUAGGUAGGUUAUCUUGUUGUGUUUAAGCCCAAAAAAGUUUGUACUAAAGGAUUUGUAUUCCAAUGAACUUUAUGUGAAGGGUGCCCUUUUCUUAUUCAAUAAAACAAAUGUUA